AUGCCACCACGAGCCGCUGCUCCCAAAAUGCCCACUGAGGAGUCCAAGCCCGUCGAGCCCGUCGAGCCCGUCGCCGACAAUGCGGAUGGCAAGCAAGCCGAGGCCGAAUCUGACGAUGGAGCCGUUGACGAUGGCGCCGUUGGCGAUUCCGCACCCACCGGCGGCAAGAAGAAGAAGAAGUCGAAGCGAAGCAAGGCCAAGGCCCUCCUGACGACUCACUCAACCGAACAAGAGUCGGAGAUAAAAAAAGCCCUCGGCGGGCUCACACCAGACGAGAUGAAGGAGCUGCUCGCCCUCAAUCCCAGCCUGCGUCAGGAGCUUUCGCAAGCACCCGGGAGCGACGAUCCGACAUCCGAGCAGACGGCCAACCUCCUCAGGAACAUGAACCUGCAGGACAUCAUGACAGGCUUGGCCGCCUCCGGCAAGAACGCCAAGGACAUGGGAGCCUACAAGUUCUGGCAGACCCAGCCUGUGCCCAAGUUUGGCGACGAGGGAAAGAUUGUCGAUGAAGGCCCCGUCAGGGUCCAGACGAUCGAGGAGGUCGACAAGGAGCCGCAACCGCUCGUUGCUGGCUUUGACUGGGUGACGGUAGAUCUCACCAGUGACGAGGAGAUGAAGGAGGUCUACGAGCUGCUGAACGGCCACUACGUCGAGGACGACGAAGCCAUGUUCCGGUUUAACUACUCGCCCGAGAUCCUCCGAUGGGCCAUGAUGGCACCCGGCUGGCACAGACGGUACCAUGUCGGUGUUCGCGCCACACAGUCCCGCAAGCUCGUUGCCUUCAUCUCCGCCAUUCCCUGCAGGCUGCGUGUGCGAGAAAAGUUCAUCAUGUGUUCUGAAGUCAACUUUCUCUGCAUCCACAAGAAGUUGCGUGGCAAGCGCCUAGCACCCGUGCUCAUCAAGGAGAUCACACGCAUCAGCAACCUCAACGGCGUCUGGCAGGGGCUCUUCACUGCCGGCAUCGUCCUUCCCAAACCCGUCAGCACCUGUCGUUACUUCCAUCGCUCCAUAAACUGGCAGAAGCUCAACGAGUGCGGCUUCAGCCCGCUGCCGGCCGGUAGCAAACCGCAGUACCAGAUCCGCAAGUAUGCGCUACCGGAGAACACGGCGACCAAGGGCUUGCGCCCCAUGAAGGAGGCCGACACCCCGGCCGUCCAGAGCUUGAUGAAGCGCUAUCUCAGCCGUUUCGACAUGGCCCCCGACUUCUCGGAGGAGGAGCUGAGGCAUUGGCUCAUCCCCAAGCCGAAGGUCGAGCAGGUCAUCUGGUCAUAUGUUGUCGAGGACGGCAACAAAAAUAUUACCGACUUCUUUUCCUUCUUCUGCGUCGAGUCCUCCGUCAUCAACAACCCCAAGCACGACGUCAUUCGCGUCGCCUACCUCUUCUACUACGCCUCCGAGACGGCCCUCACUGAGCCAUUCGACCGGGCCGCCCUCAAGACCCGCCUCAACAGCCUCAUCAACGAUGCCCUCAUCCUGGCUAAGAAGGCCAAGCUGGACGUAUUUAACGCACUCUCGCUUAUGGAUAACGCCCUGUUCCUCGAGCAACAAAAGUUUGGCGGAGGUGACGGCCAGCUGCACUACUACUUGUUCAACUACAAGAUGAACCAUAUCGGGGGCGGCGUAGACAAGAAAAACCAGCUGGACGAAGCGAGGCUUAGCGGCAUUGGCUUCAAUUAG